GAGUCGGAGAAGAGUGCUAAUUUGCUUCUGGAGCAUUCAAGUGAGCAGAAGGGGCUCUACAUGCCGAGAACAAAAGCUGACGACUUGGAGGUAUCCAGCCCUCUCCCCUAUGGAGUCGAUGGUGAAGUCAACGUUUGGAGUCCCAGCCAAGCAAUUGCUGUGCUGUAUUUCGGCAGAGUUCCCCAAGGAGAAGGAGCCCAGUCGUCCCACAUGUCCCAGCAAGGGCCAAGCACUGCAGCUGCCCCAGAAACAGAAGGGCAAACGGGACACAGCCUUUGCUCAACGGAAGGCCGAGCGUGCUGCCAUGCGGGUUCACCUCCGGGAGAAAUAUCAGCUCCCCAAGAACCGGACAGAUAAGAAGCAGCUAGAAGCCGCGAGAGGCAAACCGAAGCUCCCUCACGAUCUCCUGGCGAUCGUGAAGCCGAAGGCCACCUCCGAAUCGGGCUCCAUCUUCUCCAGCUUUGGCGACCUGGACUUCGGCUCCUUGCGGACCACGGCGCAGAACGCAGUGCAGUCCCUUCAGCGCCCUGUGCAAUGUCCCGUCAUGUGAGCGUCGCAUCGAAUCGUGCUUUCUGUCGAACCGCACUCCCGCAGAUGCGGGACUGUAGACUCGUGAAACCUCCAAGUCCCUUGCAGGGGCCAAGUGCCCGUUGAACUCUUCAAGGCUGUCUCGGUUCUCCAACCCCAUGUCCAUCGGGGGACACUUGGGAGGGGUUGGCUUCUGUCCCUCUUGGCUGGAAGAUUCAUUCUAGUUGGGGGAGAGUUAUGCCCGCUUCUGCGCUGAGCUGCGCCAUCUUGGAGCCGGCCACAUGACACACAGGCGCAAUCGCUUGGCCUUCUAGAACAUUCUCGGAGGGCCCCUUUAAGUCACCCAGUUGCUGAUACCCGUGUUGGUUCCUUGAAGACGUUGGCCUUGCAUGCAGAAGGUCCCGAGUUCAAUUCCUGGCCUCCCCCACCUGGAGAGCCGCUGCCAGUCAGUGUAGACAAUCCUGAGCUAGACAGACUGAGAGUCUGACGGGGUAUGAGGUAGCUUCCUAGGCACCCCUCUUAAUUACAUGCUUCUAAUGCACAGCCCUACAGAAGGCUCUUGGCAUUGCCUCAGUGCUAAUCCCUGACAGCUCCAGAUUUGGUGACAGGGCUGGGGAAGACCCUUGCCAAGAGACCCCCUGGAGAACUGCUGCCAGCCAGAGCGGACAAUGUGACAUGGUCCAAUGGCCUCAGACAGCUUGACCUCUUUAAGGAGGGCUCAUAGCUCUUAGGUUCAGCACCUGUUUUGUGGGCAGACAGUCCCAAUCUCUGGCACCUCCAGUGAGGCCUAGGAGGUCUCUGCCUGAAUCCCUGGCGGGCUGCUGCCAGCCUGUGAAAGGCAACCCUGAGGCAGAUGGAUUAAAGGUCUGACUCGGUGGCAGGAAGCUGCCUAGGUCCCUUCUUGCAAUGCAAAAGGUUACAGUCCACGGCAUCUUCAUGACAGGGUUUCUGGCAACGGGGCUAGUAGUAGUCAAGAGCAAUUCUUGCCUGGGGUUUUGGAAAGUCACGAACAGGCUCGGUCUGAGCUGGCAGAAGUCGGAGCCUGGCGAAUGGCUUCCCUGAGGUGAUGCUCUCUUGGAGGCGGAGGUCUGUGAGAGGCGUGAGCUGCUCAUUUCAAUAAAGCACAUUCACUCUUUUGCA